CCAAUCAAACAAAUGAGUGACUGCUAUGAAUUCUGUUUAUAUCAAAUCAAACAUCAGCAUAGCCAGAUUUGCUAGUUUAAUUUUAUUUUCCUAAAUCUGUUGUGGUUUUCUCUUAGUGUGACAAACAUGUUGGACAUAUGCGGUUCCUUCAUUUUGCCAUUGCACUAGCUUCAAAAUUCAUUGUGAGUUUGGAGCAUUGCAGGCUCGCUAUUGCAGAGCUGAACCGUCUACACUACAUGAUUAAGGACAACCCUUAAUAUGGUGGAGCCUCCGCAAGACUGCACAAACGGAGGCAUGGUGAGACUGCGCUUGGGUCAGUCCACUCGUUCCAUCUAUCUGGGCCUGGCAUGCCUGUCCCUCACUCUCCAUCUCCUUCUGGCAUUUUUCUGCCUCACAGUCCUCCAAACAGCCUGUGUCCUUCCCACCUCCUCCUCUGCCACCUCUUCCUCCUUUCCAAGAACAGAAAAUCAGCAUCAUCAAACUGUCUCACACUCCUCCUCUUCUUCUGCUGCCUCUUCCUCAAAUAAACUGCCAACCGGCCCCCAGAAUGAUGAACAUCACGAUUUGACUGCCAGCACCUUUAAUCAUAAACGAAUUGGAUUAUUCAAUAAAGCCACUGAAAAGGCAAAGAAACUGAUUGAAGCUGGAAACGUGAAACAAACAGGUCGCUCUAAACUGGAGGAGCUGUUUAAACAUCCACUGUACAACCUGCCACGCCCCAAGCUAGAGCAAGAUGAUUGGCUGCUGAGGGUGAAGACAGAUGAGGAGGCAAAAGAAACAGGAAGUCAGGAGGAGGAGGAGAAGAACUCCAUCACUGAUGACAGUGAAUGGCAAAGUACCAGUCAGGAGAAAGGUUACGAUAAAGUUACUUGGACAACAGAUAAGGAGACCCACCCUCCCUGGUUAAGGUUCCACCUGGGCAUCUCUCGCUGGGAGCUAUAUGACAGGAAAGACCCCAACCUUGCCCAGCUGACUCAUUACUUGGCAACGCAGCGCAUCCUUGGAGCUGUUCAGAAAACAGGAGGCACUCAGCUGAAACUGCUCAUAUCAUUCCCAAAUUAUGGACAAGCUCUGCUCAAACCCAUGAGACAAUCCAGAGAUGCUGAGACAGAUGUAAACCUCUUCUACUUCUCAGACUUUGAGAGACACAAUGCAGAGAUAUCUGCCUUUCACCUUGACAGACUGCUGGGCUUUAACAGGAUCCCUCCAGUGGUUGGACGACUCAUCAACGUCACCACAGAGAUCAGAGAGAUUACCACUGACCACAAGCUGUCCAGGACCUUCUUCACUUCACCUGCUGGAAACGUUUGUUUCUAUGGUCAGUGUGAAUACUACUGUUCAACAGAGCACCCAGUGUGUGGUCGGCCACAUGCACUUGAGGUUUCCCUGGCAUCCAUGCUGCCUGACCUCUCCCUUGCGCCACGUAGGUCCUGGAGGUCACCAUGGAGACGAUCCUACAGCCGAACCAAGCUGGCACAGUGGGAAAAGAACCCAGCCUACUGUGACAUAGUGAAACAGACUCCUCCUUACAGCCACGGCACCAGACUGGUGGAUCUCAUAGACAUGGCUGUGCUAGACUUCCUUAUGAGUAACAUGGAUCGACAUCAUUAUGAGACGUUUGAGGCAUUUGGCAAUGACACUUUUUUGCUCCACCUAGACAACGGGCGGGCGUUUGGGCGUCACUCUCAGGAUGAGCCAUCUAUUCUUGCCCCCUUAAAACAGUGUUGCAGGAUCCGUCGCUCCACCUUCCUCCGCUUGCAGCUCUUGUCCCUCCAUGACUUCCGUUUGAGUGAUAUAAUGCGGGAAUCGUUGGCUCAAGAUCCUCUGGCAAGUGUUGCCCCCCUCCUCUCUGAACAACACCUGUUUGCUUUGGACCGACGCCUCAAAACUGUCCUGGAAGUGGUGCAGAAUUGUCAGGAGACGCACAAUGACGUCAUUUAUGACGAUUUGGAGACAAAUAUAUGAUCAAACCCAUGACCAUUACCUGAACUAAGGAAAAUUCAAAAUAAUAAAUUAUAUAUUUUC